GUCCCGCCGCGUACCGUACGUUUCGGGCGUUGCGUACGCGUUCGCUGCGCGACGACGACCGCGCCAAACCGCGACCGGUGCGGUAGAACGCCAGACUCAGUUUCGCGAUAAUGACGGUCACGUGUAGUCUGCUGCUGAUCCAUUCGUUGGUGCUGGCGGCGGCCGUGCGGCCCGGCGUACCCAGUACGUGCUACCAGGCCACCCCGAAUCCGUCCGUGUUAUUCGGCACGAAGACUACUUACGGCGCCGUGUCCGGCAACGAUUUGCACAGUCCGUCAGGUACGUGCCCGUCGCAUUGAUAUUAUGUCAAAUCUUACGAAACGUUUUCAAUGUCGUUUCCCCAUCCCCCUACUCACCCCUCCCCGCCGGAGUCUGAGCACAAUUAUUUCGAUUUUCGACUUUAGCACACGACGUUGUUUUUUUUCGCGCUCCAUAAUGAGUUGUUCAGCAGUUUACGGCAAUCUACCGAUCUUCGUUCCGUUACUAUAUCGAUGUCUACGUUUCGGUUUCCUCGUACGAAUUACGUCCGUGUACACUAUAACAUGGACUGUAUGAACUAUAAUUAUAAUCACUGUUCAUCGCAUUUAUUUAGCGUUUGAAGUCUAAAUGUUUCGAAAAAUUGCGAUACUGGUAUAAGUGUUUAUUUUACAACGCGGCCAAUUCAAAUUAAAAAAAAAAAAAAAUGUAUGCGUACAAUUUUGUGAAAUUUAAGAUAAGUAUUAUAACAACGCCUUUAUGUUUGAUACAGACUAGUAUACUUUAGGUACACUAGGUGUACAUAUUUAUAUGUUAUAUUUGAUUUAAAGGAAUAUGUCGUGGCGACGCAUUUAAAAAAAAAAAUCAAAUGAAAAAUGCAUAUGAAAAAAAUUUCAUAUGCAAUUUAAAACAGGAAAUUAUAUUUUACCUAUUUUAAACUAUUUCAAAAAUUGUAUUUCAUGAAAUUCUCAAACACUGCAUAAAUUCCGAUUGCGGUAUAUUCCUAUAAUUUUGAACUUCCACACAUUAUGUCUUUUUUCAUUUAAUUCAAACAUUCCUUAAUAAUUUAUUUUUUUAUUUUUUCGAUGCUUGUCUAAUUGUCCAUGCUUUAUCUAACAUUUUUUUCUAAUACUUCUUCUUUAUUCAACAUAUCCGUUCAACUUGUCUUGAGUAUUCGUCUGUAAAACCACAUCAAAAAGCUGCUGCCCGUCAUUGAUGAGUAUGAGAGUUGUACGUACAAUUCUCAUACAAUAUUAUACUCUAUAAACCUAUUUUUUAAAAGAAUUUUUGUGAUAGGUAGCCUAAUAUUUCUUGAAGUAAAAACGUAUCUUAUAAAUUCGAAACGUUCAAGAGAUCUAUUGUUUUUACUGUAUUGGGUGGUUUUUUUUUUAAGUUUUAGAUUCUUAGUGUAGCGAAGAAUGUAUUGAUUUUACAAAAAUGUUAAUUUUUUUUUUUUUUUAGUAAACACCUUUUCUACCGGAAAGCGUACUCCGAUGUAUACGAUGUAAACCCUUUUCUCAAAGACAAUUUUCUUGGGGUGAUACUUUAAAAAGAUAAUUUUUUGAUUCUCCUGGUAGUUUUCCCGAUAAAAGGGAAAAAGUGAGAAAAAACGUACGAAAUAUACACCAUGUCCCACCAUAUUUGACGGACUUUUCUAGCGCUGUAAAUAUUACAUUUUUUUUGAUUUUUUUUUUUUAUCGAUUUGUCGAUUUGGAGAAAAAUUAAAUUUUUAUUUUCUUCCCUUAAACACAAAAAAAAAUCAUUAUAUUUAAUUUCUUUAAACAUUUUUCAAAAUAGCCAUUUUGUAAAAAAUAUUAUUCUUAAAAUUUGAAUGGAUCAUACAUUCAUACCCGAUAAAUAACUUCUCAGUUAUAGCCGUUUUAAUUAGGAGUAAAAACAAUUAAUUUUCAAUAAAAUAAUACGUUAAGCGAUAAGGAAGUACAGUCAACACAGUAAUUAUUUAUCUAUUAUUAAAUAUUAAUUGUUUUCUCGUCUAUUUUCUUGAAAUUAUUAGUACAUUACUUUGAUUUUUUUCUGUGAACAACUUGUCUACCAGCAAUUUCGCUCCGGUUUACAAUGAUAGCAGUUUUCCUAAAAGGAAAUCUGACUGGGAAAAUACUUUAAGGAAAUCAUUUCCCAAGAGUUUUCCCAACAAAUUUAAUUAAAGAAAAUAUGUAAUGCCUAUUGAAUUAAUUUAACAUAAUAUGACAUAUAUAUUGUUGACAAAGCAUCACUAUCAACUAAACUCCGCUCAGAAUCGUGUUUAGUAAGCAAUGAUUUAUCGUUGCUUACAAAUACAAAUUAAUUUUCCCUCUAAAUCCUACCUUUCCAAACAUUUCCCACUUUCUUUUCAACAUAUUUGAAUAACCGAAAAAAAACUGAGGAAAAACGGAAAAAUUACGAAAAUAAUUUUUUAAUAUUCUAAUGUAAUUCAAUUUAAAAUAUGCAUAUACAUGAACUUUGUACAGGAUAUGUAUACUUACUUUUUAUAAAUGUGGUAAAAUGUUCGAAACGUUUAAAUUAUUUUUGAGCUAUUUAUAGAGAUUUUAAUUUUGCGUAAUAUUUAUUCGGUAGGUACUCUGUACAUAAUUGUUAAACUUAACAGAAAUUCUUAAAAAUUUGAAAGGAGGUUCAAUAUAAGUCGUACUUAGUGGUAAAAAAAAAAAUUAUUUUAGUAGUAUUUUUUUUUUUUAUAAGAGUUUUAAAAUUAAAUUUUGACAACAAUUGUAAAUAUUAAGGCCUUUCAAAACAUAUACAUAUAAACGAACUUCGCUCCAAAUCGUUUUUCAUUGUCAAUAGUUUAUCGUUUUUUACAAGUAUAAAUAAAAUAACUUUAAGUAUCCCACUUUCCCAACUACCCACCUACAACAGUGGCUGCACCCGUCACCAGUAUUAGCUCUUUUUUUUUAAUGGUUGAUAUUUUCCCUUAAACAUGUCGUUAUUUCCUUUUUACUUCUUCCGUUCAUACUUUUAAUACUUCCCAAGUAUAUGAACACUUACACUUGCUCAAUUUCUCAAUUAAUUCAUACAUAGUGUACAUGUAUUCUUGCCCAAGUAUUAUAAACCAAAUAACACAAUUACCAUAGGCGUACUUACGAGUUUAAUAACAAUACCUUAAUUAUUUUUAAAUUCUAAGCGUAGUGAAUAAUAUCGGUUAAUAAUCGGUUUUAUUAUGUGUCCUUUUAUUUUAUUUUAUGUCUGCAAACAACUUGUAUAAAAUAAUACAUCUUUUUACAAUCAAAAAAUGACAAAAAAGCUAUUUGCAGCGAAUUUUUCCUUUGUACCUGGUCAUUUUUUGAUAUUCCGUGUAAUUUUCUUAAUAAUGGGUAAAAACCAAGAAAAAAAAUCGUUAGAUGAAGAUUUCAAAAAAUUACAGUUCUAGACAUUCAUUAAAACUUCGCAUGUUUAUUAGGUACUAAAAUCGAGUUUAUUCGACCACCGAGACCUGAAUACUUUUGCAAUUAAGAAACACUUUUUUGUUGCAUUGUCUGUUUGAAGUUUACUAAACCUUUAUUUUUAAUUAGUGACUUACUGAUAUUCAAUACAUAUAAAAUUCGACGAAAGAUCAUAUUGAGAACAUUGUUUUUGUUUUAUACAUCUAAUAUUAUUUUUGUAAUAAAAAUUUGUUUUAAAAAAAAAAAAAAAUGAUUUAUUUCUAGUCGUGAAUUUCAAUGUUAUAUAUUAUAUAUGUCACAUAUACUCAAAUCAGACAUUUUACUAAAUGUCUAGGCAAAUAGUCAAAGAAUUUAAUUUGAAUGUAACUUACUUACUAUCCACCUUGACAUUUAUUCAAAUGCCUAGACUAUUUAACUAAAAGCCUAGUUAAAAUCAGACAAAUAAUAAAAAUGCAACGUUUUUAUAUUAUUUUAAAAAUUAAAUUUUAUUUUGUUAUUAAUUAUUUAUUACUUUUCUAUAUAAAAUUAUUUGUCAUUUAUUAAUAGUUAAAAUACGUAGGUGAAAUAUGAUGAAAUAUCAUACAUAUGAUGAAAUAUUUUUAAUUUCAUAUCCUUGGAAACUUGGGUUCUUAGGUAUUAUUUUGUAACUUAAAUUAUAAAGAAAUAUGCAUAAUUACUAAUUUGGUAUGGUAGAACGAGUAAAAAAAAUUUUUCGGAACAUUUAACCUUUUUUUUAAAACACAAACACUGACCGGUUUAAUCGGAUUGGGUACUCUGCUAUAUUCUAGACCAUUAAUUGAAAAUUGAAACUAUUUAAAGUUCUCGUCUAGAACACCAAUAUUUUUAUUAUACUAAUUACUGCUGUGCCAACAAUUUACUUUUUAUUUGUUUUUCAUUAUUAGGUACAUAGUGGGCAAAUAUUUUCAAUAUUGUCACCAUUAUUUAUAGAAAGCAUACUUUUUAAGGCAUUUUUUGACAAACAUAUAAUAAAUAAAGUACCUACUGAUGGAUGAAAAAUUCGAAUCUUUAAGUUAAUUUGACUUGAUUUUCCAAGUUUUUUCCAAGAAAAGAUUUUAAAAAUGUAAACCUAAAACUUGCCUAGCUCUAUUCCAGAUCUACAACAAAAAAACAUUUUGAACUUACAUAUUUAUUAAUGAGAGUUGCAUCUCUCCAAUUCUAUUACUAAGCAAUCAGUAAAUUAGUAUAUAUGAUUAAAGUUGUAGUUAGUAACGCUGUAUUUUAUCAACCAAAGCAGUAUAUCGAGGGAGAUUCGGUAAAAAAACUGUACCCACUACUGACCGUAUUGUUACUUCAAGAUCUAAAAUAAUUAACUUACUGACGUUUGUCUUAAACCGAAUUAGCUGUGGAAGUCAAUAAUAAAAAUGAACUUCCUUGUUUGAUUGCAGUCUCUACGCCCAUAUCCGCUGAGUGACUAAUACAUCUGUUUAUUAAGUAGGUAUUUACUUGUAUCUCGACGUACGGGUACCUAUUUAUUUUCAAUUGUUUAUAUAUUUUUUUCCUACGUCAAUUAGUCGGCCGCAAACAUGAUGAUGGUCCGGUACACACCUUUAAGUGUAUUUCGUCAGUGUGUUAAGUCAUUUCAGAUAAACAAUAACCAUACGCAUGUAAUACUCCCGGUGUAUACUAGAAUUCAACACGAGCCUUUUUUUCUCGGCCCAUUCCGGCCCGAAACUUAAACUUCAAAACUGUCACCACCCAGGCCCGGUCCGUGAUUUUUUUUUUUCCUGUGAAGUCCAAUCCGACCAGAUCCGUUUGUAAUUUUUUCACAACUUUGGUUUGGUCUGACUCAUCAUUUUGUAAUAUAAUUUUGUUUUGUUAAAUUCUGGUCCACUAUAAUUUAAAGGCUUGGCCAUAUUCAAUGAAAAAACAAAAUGAUUAAAUGAAAAACAUAAUCAUACAAUGAAAAAUACACUGCCACCAUCAUUCAUGUUGAAAUUAUAUUAUCUGUUUUUAUCAGUGAUCUAUUUAUAAAUAUUAUAUAGGCUAUAUUUUUUUUACCUAGUAAUUUAUAUGCACGUUCUGUAUUAUUAUGAUUUGUGAAAUGCCUAUAUACACCACCAGUUUGAGAACGUUUGCUUAUCUAACGCCCAUCGGUAUUGUACUUGUGUAUUAUAAUACAAAUAAAGUUAUUUUUAUCUUUAUUAACUGUAUACCUAACAUUGACCACUCCGUGAGCGAGUAGCGGUGUAGAAAAAAAACUGUUUGUAAAAUCAAGAUUAUUUUUGUGAACACCGAUCACACUAUGUUAACAAUUAAAUUAAGUAGUUUUAGUUUUAACCGUCCCGGCCCAAUGAAAAAUAUUACGAUCCCACCCGACCCGCAAUAGUUAUAUUAUAGCCUAGUACGGGUUAGGCCGGCCCGUACUGAUCUCUAUUGUAUACCCACGACGAGAACGCGGUAAUGAUUUCGUAUUUGUACUCGAACGUUUAUUCAACAGUAUAACUAUAAUUGUAACGAUGCUGUCGUAUAGGUAUAUGAAUGAAAUAAUAACACAAGUACGUAUUAAUUCUGUUCAGAAUAAUAAUAUUUCACAUAAAAAAAAAAAAUCCGUCCAAAUUAAAUAAUAUCUUCUCGUAAAAAGUCGCGAAGUUGCUUUCAGUUGAUAGUGAUGACUGGUGGACUCGUCUGAUGGGGCUUUGGUGUUUAUAAAUGGCUGUACCCUUUGUUGUCUGUACCCUGUAAUCGUUGUACGAUCCGGCGUGCCGUACCCUGAAAACGGUCAAUCAGUAGGUGUAUAGAUUUGGGUAACAUUGUGGAUGAUUUCUAUUGUAGUAACUUUUAUACCUCUAAUUCACCAGAUUUUCGGGCGUCUUAUUUUACGAUUUUUUUUUUCUGGUUAUUCCCCAUUUCUAUAAAAAUUGCUUGGAAAAAUCAAAUAAUUAAUACCUAUAUACUCAUCAACUAGAUUCAAAAUCUAACAAAAAUAUCUUGUAAUUUUUGUGAUUAGCCUGCAGAGAUUUCUGAUAGUUGCUUACAGACAGGGAAAAAAAUUUAAAAAACCCACAUAAAUGCAUUUCUCGUUACGCUCGAAAUCUAAAACAGUUCCUGAUCAAAACAAGUUCAUAAAUUAUAAACACUCAUUGUUGUUUGAAAAAUAUCGCAGAAAGAAAAUCUAAUAACAGUAUAUAUGUAUUGUAAAAUAUAAUAAUUUGACUGCAGAGAGAAGCUUGAGAAUGAAGGAAGAAAAUCGAUCGAUAUGAAUUAACGGAGAACUGUGCCGAACUGCUGAUAUAGUGGAGUUGGUAUUAGUGACAAGCCUCGUUAUAAAGGAAAAGUUGCAAUGAGUAGGACACGUAGUAAGGAGAGAAAAAAUGAUAUAGUAAUAGUAAAAAUGUUAAGGAACCCCUAAAGUGUAAUACCUUAAUGAAGUCAGAGGAAGAAUUAAAUCUGCGCAGUAGAUCUUAGAAGUUCCUAUACGGCGUCGAGAACUGUAUAAAAGAGAGAUUGUCCAAGGAACGUCGAGACAAAGUAGUACCCAACGCAAACGCAGAAGAUUAAUAGUAUGUUAUAGAAAAGUGCUCAAGGGCACCCACAAAAACAACUCUACCUUACAGUACCCCACUAAAGUACCUUUGAAAUAUUUAAUUCGGUAUGUUUCAAUAUAAUAACAUGUGUUUGAAAAAUACAAAAAUGGGUAUUCAUAAUAAUGUCUUAAACGGUAUUUGUUUGCAUGGAAACGGGCCUUUACAACGCGGGCAAAAAUGAUUGGGGUUUUUUUAAUUGCUGACCGACGGCAUGCUUCGGAAGACUUCACGGGGGCGGAAGAGAAAUCCAUUCAGCCCUUAAGCCUGUCGAUACCAAUCGAUGUACGCGGUAACGAUGAAUAUUUAAUAAUAUAUGUUUCGCGAGUAUUAUUCGGGUUAUUGAACCAAAAAAAUCUGAAGGAGGGUCAAAAAUUGUUUGUUUAAUAUACAUAAUAAUAAUACCUAACCUAUACCUAUAUAGAAUAUAUAAUGGAUUUAUUAAUUAAGAGUAAAUACAUUUAAAAACAUUUUUUUUAUGGUACGUAAGUAUGAAAACAAAUCGAGUAUCUAGCCCCCAUUUACCCCCUCCGCGACGAUAACUAUACGAGUUAGAUACCUAUAUUAGCUUUUUCAUUAUCUAUUAUUUUUUAUAACAAAUUACUUAGGUAACGGAAAAAAAAAAAUUUGCUCCUAGCAGAACUUUAGGUACUCGUAUCGAUUAUAUUAUAAAUGUACAAUGGUUAAACUACGUUAUUAAUAUUAUAGAAUGCAGACCGAUGCAAUUGUGGUUGAUGUCCAGGCACGGCACACGAUACCCGUCGCGUGAGAAGAUAGAGGAACUCAAGGAGCUGGACCGGUUCAAGGCUAUGAUAACGGCCGAUACGACCAUGUGCCAGGAAGACGUAGAGGCCAUUCGCAACUGGAACUUGAACCUGACCGCAGACAACCACUACAUGCUCCAAAGGCAGGGGGUCGAGGAGCUCAAGUCAUUGGCCGCGCGCCUCAAGAGACGGCUGCCACAAUUGUUCAACACAGAGUACGACGAGACAAAGUUUAAAGUACGUAUUAUUUCCCCGCACCAAACCGUAUAUCAGGGGAGAGUACCAUAAUAUAUAUAUAUAUAUCGGAUAUGUUACGUAUCUAUACUCCAAAAUCACGAGGAAUAUUUCUACACACGAUAGAUACAGAAGAAAAAUUUGAAUUGAUUUGAAAGAAGUUAUAUAUGUUUGAGACGAUCUUGUUCGGUACUAUUUUCUUAGCUAAGAAUCUUUUUGUCGGUUUCGGUUUGCUGAAGGAUCUUCCAGCACCGUUCAUUGCAUAUUAUGUUUACCUAUUAUUAUUACAGUAGCGUAAUUAUGGGGGGGGGAGUUCCCUCCGAAAAAAAAAUUAUUUGAAGACGUCAAACUUUAAACAUACCAAUAAUAUAAUAGUUUAAGUUUAUUUUAUAAAUUGUAAUAAAAUAAAAAAUAUUUUGUAAGGGGACUACGGCAAAGAACGGCUUAAAAAUAAGUAUCACGACCGCAUUCGGAAUAAUGCUAAACUAAACUGAGAUAUUUUAGUACGUGACUAUCAGUAUGCACUACGCACAACAUAAAAUACAAUUAUACGUUUUUAUCAUUUAAUUGAAUUCGAUUUUCAUACAAAACAAUUAUAUUAUAAACUAAUUGUUGGGACCGUUUAAAGAGGAUUAAAAUAGUACUGAAAUGGAACCAAUAAAGAUAAUAUUAAUACAACGUAAUUCUUUUUUUAAAUCAAACGAAAUGAUGGUUAAUAUUAUUAUUAAUUAUAUUUAAAGCAUUUGUUAUCUUUUCUUUAAUAAUUUUUUAAUAGUUCUUAAAUAAUAAGUUAGUAUAAAAACAAAUUAAUAAAAUUAUUUCGUUAUAAUUUCACCCUUUCCCCCCACAAAAAAUAAUAAUAAUAAGUUUGUAAAUACGGGACUAUAUUUGAUUGUGACUGUAUUUACCACGUGUAUUUUUGAAUUUUUGAAUAUACUUAUAUUAUCCAUUUUUAGACGUGGUCAAUUUAUCAUACCGUUUUAACGAUUUUUAAGCUUUGUAUAGCUAUAAAGUUCCAGUUUUUAUUUUAUUUUAUAAUAAUAAAAUUUGUUUUUCUUGCAAAUGCUCGAAAAUUUGAUUUAUCUUGAGUUUUUCUAAUGGCACUAUAAAAAUAUCGAAUACCCGAAAUCAUAAUUUUUUUUUAUAAAUAUUUGAAUUUAAAUUUUGAUAAAAAUCGUAAAAAUCAUAAUAUUUUGUGUAAGAGUUAUUCUUCGAUUUAUGCAGAUGAAACUUGUUUGGCCCCGUAGACAUUUUGAUUAACUUUGUAGUUAUUAAUUUACUUAUAAAUUAAUACAAACAUUUUCAAUUCAAGUUUUUCAAAACAUGAUUAACCUCGCUCAGAAUAGUUUUUGGUUAACAAAAAUGUAUCGUUUCGUACAGAUAAAUUAUUAUUACCCUACUUAUACGGCUAUUACCUAUAAUAGACGAUUUACAUUUAAUAUACCUAUAUAUACGUUUGACAGAGAGGACACAAUACUAAAACAUAUUAUCUCCUCCCUACCCCGUAAACUCGAAAUGUUAAUAAUCAAUAAAAAAAACCUGUCAGUUCCGAUAUUGCAUAGGUAACUACGCUACACCGCCGUUUAUUUACACCAUAUUUUUUUCUAAUUUCGCGUUUUGUUUUUUUUUUUUAUUUAUGAUAUUCGCUGCAGGUGGUUUGUAAACAAUUCGCAUGGCUUAUCUGCAUUAGACGAUCGUUCCAAAUUCAAUAUAGUGUCUAUACGGCUAUAGGUACCCAAAUUGUUUAUACUAAUUAGGUAUAAUAUGAUGUCACGUCAUUACAGAACGUGCAUUCGCUUUUCGUUUACCAUAUACGAAAAUAUACGUUAGUCAUUCGUUUGAAUAAAACUUCACACAAGAGAAGUACCAAUUGCAUACUCAAAAAUCGUAAUUUUCUAAAUAUAUACCUAUGUAGGUCCUGUAAAUUAAAUUACAACAUAAUAUAUUAUAUACUUAUCUAGGUACAAGUGUAAAACUGAACCGUAAUGAGAAAUUAAUUUUUUUCUCAAAGUCUAGCCCUUACCUAUACAAGGCUGAUCAAUAGGAGGAGUGCUCACGGGGGGAGCGAAGGUGAGGGUGUCAUAUCCUCCCCCUUGAACUUAUUUUUGUAUGCGUUCCUUGGUAGUUUCAGUUUUCUCGGGAAAAAAGAAAAGGUAGUGCAUAGUUGGCUUUAAUUCUUAGUCAUGUUAAUUAUUAUCAUACAUAUAAAAUAAGUUUAGUAGAUACUAUAGUAAUAGUUAUUAAUAAUUAUCCAUAGAUAACGCAUAAUUAUUUUUUUUUUAAAAAAAAGGUAAAAUAAUGGAGACAGGUGCAGCCACCGGUGUAGGUGGGAAGUUGAGAAGGUAGAAUAUAGACGUGAAUUUAAUGUAUAUCUGUAAGCAACGAUAAAUGCAUUGCUUACGAAAAAACGAUUCUGAGCGGAGUUCAGUGAUGCUUUGUCAACAAUAUAUAUAUAUAUAUAUGUCAUUUUAUUGUAAAAUAAUUAAAUAGGCUUUACAUAUUUUCUUUAAGAAAAUUAGUUUAAUUAAUGUUAUACCAAUUUUCCCAGUUUUCCUACAAAUUUUUUCGGUUUUCCCAUGUUUUAUCCCGGUUUUUCACAUUUUUUGGGAAAACUCUUCGGAAAAUCAAAAAGUGACCUCUCUAAAGUACCUCCCUAGUGAAAUUUCCAUUUAGAAACAUUGCUUUCAUUAAAAGUUAGAGCAAAAUUGCUGGUUGAAAAGGUGUGCGCAGAAAAUAAAAAAAACAAACUCCUUCGUAAAAUCAUAAGCUUCUUUCACUCCACUAAGAAUCUAAAAUAGGUAUGUAUAUAAUAUAUAUAUAUAUUAACAUUGUAGUUCGUACCUAACUACCUACUCCUAAAAUAUCAAUGUCUAUACCAAUAAGUAUACAUUUUAUAAAUUUGUGUACAUGACUAUCAAUAAAAUAAAAUACAGUUCAUCCCCUCCCCCGUCAUAGGAAAAAGCUGAGCACGCCACUGAUCAAUACAACGUUAUAAGUUAAGUCUUAUUUUUUUACUACAGAGUAUGACUUGUAAAUAGCUGAAAAAUGGCUCAAAUGUUUUGAAAGCUUGACCACGUCUAGAAAAAGCAAAUAUUAAUUAUCUGUGAAAAUAUCAAGUCUCUACGAAUAUUUUAUGUAUUGAAAUACAAUUAAAAAACAAAAUUUAAAAUAAUAAAAGAAUUAUUCUCGUACAUUUUCCCGUUAUUUCUACAUAUUUUUCGAUUUUACUCAAUUAUUAAAGACUAUAAAAAAAAUCAAAAAAUUACUUUUUUGGUCACCAACUUGAUUGAAAAUUCAAUAAAAAAAGAUCCCUUGAUGUUUUACAUUUAAAUAUUUCUGGUUAAAAACAUAUAAAUUUAAAAAAUUAAAAACAAUGAAAACGGUAACGCCACAUUGAGCCGUAAAUAUUUGCCUUUUUACCUAUAAUUUUCUUUCUAGUUAUUUCCAAUUAUUUUGAAAACCCAAUCAGAAAAUCAAAACAAAAAUGACUUCUUCAAUUCACCAAUUAGAUAAAAUUAUCUUUCAAAAAAAGUGUUACACUUGAUACUCCAGAGCAAAUUUUCUGGUAGAAAAAAAAAACACCACAUAGUAAAUUCACUAAAACCAAUAGAUUCCUCGCUACACUCCGAAUCUAAAAGGUACCCACAAGUUUUAAUUAAACAUGACUACGUAAAUUGAGAAAAUUUAUUUAAAUACAUAUUUUUUUUACUGUUAAUAACCUAUAAACUCAUUAAGCAGCUACAAGGCGUUUUACCCACCUCUAAACUUUUUUUACGAAUGGCAAUGGAAAACGUCAUAAGAAAUUGUUAUAAUAGUUGAAUUUAAACGUUUUUUCUUUUUUUAAUAGCCUAUCUCAUCUACUCGCCCUCUCAUUAGUUAUACGGUCCGGGUAUCAUUUGUGUUUACGUGGUAUUCAUUAAGUUUUUUUGCAGUUUUUGACUUCGGCCAAACCGCGAGCCAUGGACAGUGCCAAAGCGUUUUUCCAAUCGAUGUUCAACAAAAAACCAGAAAAAGAUAUACCGAUCGCUGAACACUCCGACGACAGGUUGUUCGUAAGUACUCAAUACUAGUUUCUAAUCUAGGGGAGCUUCUUGAAAAAGGAUCUACAUCAAAAUCUUGAAUAAAUAAUUACGGCAAAAUCUUGAACAGCAAACAUUUAAAUGACAAAAUCUUGAAAACAUAAUAAUUAAUAUUAAUAUCAAUUAAAAAUAACAGAUAUGGCCGAUUUAUUCGAAAAUAUUAUUAUCGAAAAUAUUCGAUUCAAGAUUUUGUCAUUUAAUGUUUUGCCAGAAUCUUUUUCAAGAUUUUGCUGGCCCCCCUCGAAAAACCCUAUUAUUAUUAUUAUUAUUAUUUUUUUUUUUUUUUUAUAGUUUUAUUAAAUUUUACGGAAAUCAUAAAUAGAUUGAAUUACGAGUUAAUCUGUAAAUACUUACACAAUAAUUACAAACACGUGUAAAGGCGUCUUGUAAAUACAUUUUAUUAACAGUUUUGUUAAUUUGCACUGCAGCUAUCCAAAUGUAAACAGAAAGACGACGACGACAACGAAAAAGAACAAGGAGAAGCGAAAAAGUUCGAGGAGGGCCCGUACAUGCGGUCCAUCGUGUCGAGGGUUUCUGCGGCGAUGGGACUCAAACAAAACCUGAGUUACGGUGAGCGAUCGGUACUAACCGAUGUAGGCAUAUAUAAUAUGAUAUAAUAAUACUUAUCGCUCAACCUGUGAAAAUAAAUUCUGGUGGGAUCCUUUAAUAGCCGGGCUUCUAUAAAUGAUAACAUUAUAAAAACGACUGUUUUUUUUUUUUUUUUUUUUUAAUAUUAAUUUUCGUUUGCAGAAAACGUUUCGCUUAUGUUUGAAUCGUGUAAGUACGAAAAGGCAUGGUACAUACAGUCGCGGCCCGCAUGGUGUGCCGUGUUCACUAAGGACGAUUUUGAAGUAAGUACCUAUGUAUACCUACUAAAGCAAACAGUUAUAUGCCCCAAAAAAAACGUACUUGUAAAAUAUGUAUUAUGUAUAAUAUAUAUGCGGUUUUCUUAAAAAAAAAAAAAAUUAUAAUAGGUAGUAAUAGAAGUACAGUUUUUUUUUACAAUUCGAAAACGGUAAAAACCGCACUUAAACAUUUGGCAAUACCCAAUCGAGUGAAACCAGUUGAUAUAAUAUUAUUUUUAUCUAAAACUCGGUUAGGUAUCUAUGUGGGUACUUUGGUUAUUAACACGCCUGCUCAUAUAUUUAUACUAGUAAAUACACAUACCUAGGUACCAGGUACAGUAUUAUGCUUAAAACGGAUAAUAAUAGUUUGUACUGUUUGUUUUUCCUUUCUUGAGAUCUUCGAAUACCUGGAAGACCUGAAGUAUUACUACGCCAACGGGUACGGCAAUCCCAACAGCGAGAAAAUAGGAUGUCCUAUAUUAAAGGAUCUAAUCGAAAAUUUCAAGUAUACUUCUGGCCACGUAAUUACGAUCUAAAAAUAGUAUAAAAACAACACAAUUUAUUUCGUUUUUUUAGGAAUCUAGCUAGAGAUAAAACCGGACCAUUGGGAAUAUUUUACUUUGGACACUCGCCAAACGUCUUGAGCGUGGUCACCAGGUUAGGAAUUGGCAAAGGAGAUACACCGUUAUUAAGCACAAACUUUGAAAAUAUGAAGACUCGGAAAUGGAGGACUUCGUACAUAGACCCGUUUGCUUCCAAUGUCAUAGCAGUGUUUUUCAGAUGUAAGGACGGGAAUAAGGCAAUGUUUUUACUCAAUGAACAUGCCGUACCAAUGAACAAUGGUUCGUCUCAACUAAGCCCAUGGCAGCCAAUCGAAGCACAGUUCGACUCAAUAACCUCUAACAACUCUUGCAACUUAGAUUAUUGUAAGAGUUCAGCACUGUCGUUUUCAUCGAUGACCAGCACUAUUGUUAUUGCCAUAGUCAUGUUAACAUACAUAAGCUACAGUAUUAUACAAAAUUAAUUUACCUUUAAUUUAUUAUAUAAAAUUACUAAUACAAACAAAUAAUUCUGAUAUCACAUUAAUCAUCUAGUAAUUCUUUAGUCACAUUGUCCAGAGCAACUUGAAUGGACCAUAUGCUCAGUGGUCUCAUAUAACCGACAGAACGAUAUGCUUUUUUAGAAUAAAUUGCUUCGGGUGUUUCAUAUGCCAUCCCAAUCUUAUUGUAAACAGUAUCAUAAAUACCCUUUGCUGUGUUAAAACCUUCUUCACGUAAACCCUAAAAACAUUUUUUUUUUUUUUAUAUAACCAUAAUGUGUUCUAUUUUUAAAUGAAAACUAACAUAAAAGAUCAUUAAAGAAGACACAGCAUAUGUAACUCCUGUCCAGACUUCUUCACUCUGUAAAGAGAAUGUGUCUGGCUUUCCAUCAGGCAUCAUGCCAUUCACAGCUCCCAUUUGUCCGUCAUUGAAUCCUUGCACAUUUAUAUUGUAUAUUAUCUGGAGUGCCUUUUUAACUCUGUCAAGUGGGAACACCUAAAAUUCGAAGUACACAAUUCAUUAAAUAUUAUAUACCGUUAGACAUAUACAACAUCUAUCUCUAUAUUCAACCUCUUCGGUGACUCCACAACAUUUUAAAUACCAUGCACCACACAACUGAUCAGCCAUUAUUGACUUUGAAUGAGGGUUACCAGAUGAAUCGAAAUCAUAGUAAUCACCUAAAAAUUUAAAAUGACUGUAUUUGAUUUUUCACAUUUAAAUUAAACUCAACAGUGACAAAUUAUUCAGGUGUAUGUGUAAUAAUAAAAUUAUGAUCAAUAAAUGUUAAAGAUGAUGUACUAUGUUGUCUAUAUAUGUAAUAAAUAAUAUAAAACACUUAUAGUUUUGUAUGGAUAAAAAAAUUAGAAAUUACCAAACAUAAUUAAAAUUUGUGUUUUUAUGAUAAUCAUUUAUUUUAAUUAAAUGCUACAUAAAGGAACACUUGAACUAACAAAAAAUUGAAACAAUUAUAUUUUGCAAAAACCAUGUAUACAUUUUUAUGUAAUGAUGUAUAAACUGAUAUACUCUCUUCACAACGCAGCCCAUUCAAACACACUAUACUAUGUACUUAAAACUAUAUAUUUAUGUCGUACAUAAUGUAUUUUAUGCAAAUAAAACUUUUAUUUAUAUUAAUUUAGUUUAUUAUCAAUGCCUCAAAAUAAUCGUUUUAGACCACACAACAGAGAUUUAUAAAUUAUAACAUUUAAAUGAUAUUGUUUGUAUUAUUAAAUUAAAAGUUUGAUCAUUUUUAUUAUAAAUUUGUUUAAUAAAACAACAUUCAUGCCACUUCAAUGAUUACCAAAAGAAAUUACCAUUCCAUAGAGUUGUAUUAAAUACUUCCUUUGCUUUAUUUAAUACUAUCGAAUAUUUUUCAUAAAUAUCUCUUUGAUCUAAAAUAUUUGCUAUCUGAACCGUACUAUAAAGAGCUGCUAUCCACAAGCUGCCACAGUAAGCACUAAAAUA